UCAGUCUGUCCUCCAUUCCACUUACCAGCAGUCACUCCCUCAAUACUGCAAACUUACAAAAAGCAGGCUACAAAUAGACAUAUAAAAUGCCUGCGCUAGCACAAUUUCAGAGAGGGUGCAGCACAAGACAUUGACAAAUUGAGACAAAUUAUAAAGAAAAAAGAGGAAGGAGAGAUAUCGGAGUAGUUUAUUUGUGAGGAGUUUUGAUCGGAUAAGGAUGUUCCCAUUAAGUCUCCUGCUCCUCCUGCUCUCCCACUCGGCCUCUUCCAUGCUGCUGGGAUGGGUGGAAUCUCCAGAAUAUCCCAAUGGAUACCCGCCCGGUUCCAGUCUGAACUGGAGCCGGUGUGCCUCCAAAGGUCACACCCUCUCCAUCCAGCUCCUCCACCUGGACCUGGAGGACAGCCAGGACUGUGAAAAUGACGCAGUGAAGGUGUUUUCAAAUGGAAACCUAAUCUCAGUGCUGUGUGGUAAACGGGGAUACAAGGAGCUUCAGUCCACUGUUAACCCCACGUUGCUCUCCGCCUCGGGGGGCUGCCUCUCUCUUACUUUCCACUCCGACUUUUCAAACACCAAGAGACACACCGGCUUCAAAGGGUUUUAUACCCUUCAAGACUUUGACGAAUGUGUGAACGACGAAGACAACGGAUGCACUCAGUUCUGUCACAACUACAUCGGAGGAUACCACUGCUCCUGUCGCCACGGUUACCACCUGGACGUGGACAAACACACUUGCACAGUGGGUUGCACCGAGGAUCUGUCGGGGCAGAAUGAAGGGGACAUUUCCAGCCCCUCGUGGCCGGCUUCAUAUGCAGAGAAUGCAAAAUGUCAGUACACUCUGUCUGUGGGGGCCACCCUGCAGCUGGAGCUGCAUUUCAACCAGGUCUUCGACGUGGAGCAGAGCCUUGAUGGGCAAUGCAUAGACAUACUGAGGAUUGAGAAUCACUCUGGGACUCUGGGGUCGUUCUGCGGCAACACGCCUCCCCCCUCUCCCUUUCUCACUCACUCUCAUCAUGUUCAAAUCCACUUCACCUCUGAUGGCUACGGCACUAACAAAGGCUUCAGUCUGGCCUUCAGGACCAGAGAUAAGGUCUGUCCCGCGGUGGUGACCUCUGACUCCACUGUGACUCCUCAGCGGGCAGAGUAUCGUCGGGGUGAAACCGUGACAGUUACUUGUGAUCUAGGCCAUGUUGCAAAAAGUCAAGACACCCAGACCCGGUAUGAUACCACAUGCCAGGACAUAGGCGUAUGGACUCCCAAUCACAAAUGUGAACCGGUUGAUUGCGGUUAUCCUGAAAUCCUAGAAGAUGGCAUCCUUCAGCUGGUGGACUCGGAGAACACCCAGACUAAGUACAAAGACCAGAUCCAGUUUCACUGCAGCUCCAAGUACUACACACUGGACGGAGAUGACACGUACACCUGCAGUGCCAGCGGUGAUUGGGUAUCAAGUAGCGGCAAAACAGAAAUGCCGAAAUGCAUUGAAGUAUGCGGGAAGCUUGAAAGACACAUAGCAAGUACCGGAAGAAUUUUGGGAGGUAAGGACGCAACCCUGGGAGAGAUACCUUGGCAGCUUUUGGUUACAGGUCGGCGCCGAGGAGGAGCCACACUGAUCAGUGACCGAUGGGCUGUCACAGCAGCUCAUGUAGUGGAAGGGGAUAAGGUAACCUCCUACCGUCUGUACGGUGGACUGGUAGACGGAGGAAGAGGAGGUACAUUGCCUAAAGGAGUUGCCUUGGACAUUGACAGGAUCAUCAUUCAUCCCAACUACAUCCAGGGCACUGCAGAUCGCACCAAUUUCAACCAUGAUAUUGCUCUUAUCAGAUUCUCUUCCAGAGUGAAUUUCGGCCCAAACCUCCUUCCCGUCUGUCUGCCGGAGCCUAACAGGGGCUUGGUGGAAGGUGAACAAGGCACAGUGUCAGGCUGGGGGGGGACGGAAACAGAAGCCAUUUCUGCCAGCCUGAAAUACGCUCACAUUGGGGUCUACUCCACUGCAGAGUGUGAGAACACAGGAAUAACUACCAAACGCAUGAUUUUCACCAGUAACAUGUUCUGUGCUGGCUCUCCUACGGCGGACAGCUGCAGGAGGGACAGUGGGGGUCCGCUGGUGAUGCCCAUGUUGUCCGAAGGCAAUGAGCCCUAUUAUCUGACCGGCAUUGUGUCCUGGGGAGCCAGCUGUCGUAAGAGGAAUUUCAAGGGUUAUUACGUCAAGGUGGAGAAUUAUGUCGGCUGGAUCAAGGAGACAAUAAAUACAGCAGAGCAAUCCUAGAAGAGACGGACGAGGGAGAAAAUACUAUUUUACUAACCAUUAUAAUGUCAUUAAUCCAAGACUGAUUCGGAUCCUUUCAGCUGUUUCUGAUAGACUGUUAUAUUGUAGACAUACCAACAUUAACAACAUUAAGCAUGAUCACAUUAUGACUUCAUACUAAACUUUUGUAUUGAACACAUUUGCAGAUAUACUGCAGAGAAUGUGGGUUCAGAACACACUUCAUAUCUUUGUGUUUUAAUCAGCGCUGUUUGUUUCACUGAUACUGGCGUGCUCUCACAUCAAACAAUAAACUUCAUAACUCAUUA